AGUUAAGUGUGUCCGUAAAACUGAAAUCCAAAAAAGUACAAACAGAAAUUUCUUCAUGUCAUAUACAGAAAACUAUGCGGAAAGGCUAAGCUUGAUAGAAGAGCUUUUGUAGUCUUGUAGGUAACGUCAUAGUGAGAGAAAGAGAUUAAUCUAGAGAGAGAAAGUGGUGAAUGUUUUGGCGGUAGAUUUCAAGGAAGAAGUUGAAGUGUCAAUUCGAAAUCGCUUUCCGCUGCAGCUAUCGAUUUGAUUUUUUUAAUUUACUUUUAAAUUUUAGUAGCUGACGAUUUUAGGGCUCAGCGAUCGUUCGGUGUAUACAGUGCAAUUUGGAGGCUCCUUAGAUGGGUUCAUUGACUAUCAUUAAGGAGCUUUGAACAGAUCGCGGGUGAUUACGACAGGCCAUGGAGGAAAGUGGAAGCAUUACUGGAAAGGUCUUCUUAAAUGGAGAUGCUUAUGGGGGUAGUUUCAAGGGGAUUCUUCCUCAUGGAAAAGGUAAAUAUACUUGGUCAGAUGGAUCCGUUUAUGAUGGUUGUUGGGAAGAAGGAAAAAUGACUGGAGAAGGAUGGCUUAUUUGGCCUUCUGGAGCUUCAUAUGAGGGUGAUUUCUCUGGAGGUUACCUCCAUGGUUUUGGAAUAUUUAAUGGGUCUGAUGGCUCAAUAUACAGAGGUGUUUGGAGAAUGAAUACCCAGCAUGGGAUAGGAAGAAAACAGUAUCAGAAUUCUGAUGUUUAUGAUGGUUGUUGGAAAGAGGGAGUACGUGAAGGCAGCGGUCGAUAUGCAUGGAGUAAUGGAAACAUGUAUAUUGGGAACUGGAAAGAUGGAAAAAUGUGUGGUAGAGGUGUUAUGAAAUGGUUUGAUGGAGAUCUUUUUGAUGGAUUUUGGUUGAAUGGUUUAAGACAUGGUUCAGGCUGUUACCGAUUUGCUGAUGGAAGUUACUACUUUGGGGUGUGGACUAAAGGGCUAAAAGAUGGACUUGGAAUGUUUUAUCCUGCUGGAAGUAAGCAUCGCUUUCUGGGAAAGUCCAGUGAUAGGCAUGACGAGAAGAGGAAAAAGCAGCUCUCACAUACUUCAUCAACUAUUUCAGAGUCUGUGAAACCUAAAGUGAAGCGUAGUAUUUCAGAGAGAUUCUCCUAUAGUUUGCUUAAAGGUUCAGGAAGCAUAUCACUGAGGACUACGUCACAGGGAGAAGACGUUGCCCUUGGUGAUUCCAGCAAAGACAUGUUGGCCUGUGAUUCAUCAAGUGUAUUAUCUCAAAGCUCUCAUGAUGACAAAAGUGAUUUUCUGGAAACUGGUUCUGUGGCAUAUGAAAGAGAAUACACGCAAGGAGUCCUAAUCAAAGAAAGGAUUAUAAAUAUUAGUAGGCUAUCUCGCAAAAGUAAACAACGGAUUAAGUUUCACGCAAAAGAAGUAAAACGGAGGUCAUGUGUGUACUUUCUAGAAGGCCGUAAGAGCUACUAUCUGAUGCUUAAUUUGCAACUUGGUAUCAGGUAUUCUGUUGGCAAGAUUACUCCUGUGCCUAUCCGUGAAGUGAGACAAUCAGAUUUUGGAGAUCAAGCUAGAAUUAAAAUGUACUUUCCCAGGAAGGGUUCCCAAUUUACACCUUCACAUCAUUCCAUCGAUUUUUAUUGGAAGGACUAUUGCCCUAUGGUUUUCAGAUAUUUGAGAGAGUUGUUCAAGCUGGAUGCGGCAGAGUAUAUGAUGUCCAUCUGUGGUGAUGAUGGUCUGAGAGAGCUUUCGUCUCCUGGAAAGAGUGGCAGCCUUUUCUAUCUUUCUCGGGAUGAUAGAUUUGUGAUCAAGACUUUAAAGAAGUCUGAGCUCAAGGUUUGCACAAGAAAAUAAACAUACUAAACUGUU